AUGUCUCAAUUAUCGCCUGAUGAAACUCUUCGUAUUGUUCGUCAUUUCCUUUUGAGCUCUCCUCCUGGACAAUUUGAAGACGUCUUGUACGAUAUCAGAGAAUUGGUAGCCAAUGAUCAACUUUUAAACACUGGAGCCUUUGAUAUCUUCCGUACUUACAAUGUUGAACAAUUGAUUCCUGUUGAAGUCCCUAAUCAGACCUACAAGGUGAUUUUGUCCAAGUACAAUGAAGUUACACCACAGACUUAUCUUGAUCCAGUCUCUGAUCAGGUCCUCACCGUAGAUCACGUCAAAGGACAAGUUACUGGUGUUUCUCCUGCUUCUUCUGACAUUCUCAACAACUCGUUGAAACAAAAGAAGGACAAACUUGUCAAGGCCAUUCAAAAGUAUGUGGAUGACCAUUACCUUUCUGGUAUCUCGAGUGUUUUCCCAUCACAAAGAGAUGACCAAAAGGGUGAAUUAAUUAUUUGCAUUACUGCCAGCAAAUUCAAUGAUAAGAACUUUUGGAGUGGUAGAUGGAGAAGUGUGUAUCGUGUGAGUUUUGCCGAUGACAAGGUCAAAGUUUCUGGUUCCAUGAAAGUCAAUUGUCACUACUAUGAGAAUGGUAACGUUCAAUUGAACACUUCAAAGGAGCACGCAGAGACUGUCGACGGAGGUGAUUCCUUUGCUGAUAACAUUGUCAAGAUGUUGGUUAAGGCGGAGGGUAAUUUCCAAACUCAAAUUGAUACCUCUUGUGCCAACUUGAACGAAACAUUCAAGAGUUUGAGACGUCCAUUGCCAAUGACCAAGACUUUGUUCGAUUUUGCCUCCUCUCAACACAAAUUGGCUCGUGAGUUUGGUGGUAAUUAA